CUCCGAUAACAAUGUAUUACGACUGGAUCAUAUUUUCGAAUUGAACUGAAAAAUUAGCAAGAUUUGGAAAUGUGAAAAUGAAAGAAUGGCAGGUCAUUCCAGAAGUCACUAAGAUGAUAUGAUUUCCAAGCCUAAAAUUAAAAUAUAGAACCAACCAGACAUAAAACCAACGCUGCAUCCUUCUCUUGUCCUUAGCUAGCAUCAUUGCCUAUUAGAAUUUAGUACUAGCCUCCCUGUCUCUCUAUGGUGUUCUUGAUCACUAGACAAUUGUAGAAAGCAGCUAGCUGGUGAUCUAUUUUCAGUAGUUUACGAAGAUGGGGAAGAGCUACCCGAAGGUGAGCGAAGAGUAUCAGAAAGCAGUUGAGAAAUGCAGGAGGAAGCUUAGAGGACUCAUUGCUGAGAAGCACUGUGCUCCAAUAAUCCUUCGCUUAGCAUGGCAUGCUGCAGGUACUUUUGAUGUCAGUACAAGAACAGGUGGGCCGUUUGGGACGAUCAGGCACCCACUUGAGCUUGCUCACGAGGCAAAUAAUGGUCUUGAUAUUGCUGUCAAACUUCUUGAACCUAUCAAGCAGCAAUUUCCUAUUUUAACUUAUGCCGACUUCUAUCAGGACAAAACUGAUCCUCCUCCAGAAGGUCGCUUACCUGAUGCUACUAAAGGGACGUCUUCGGUCGAAUGGGUCUUAGUGACAAAGAUAUUGUUGCAUUAUCUGGUGGUCAGACCUUGCUACGUAUAUAUUGCUAGGGAAGGUGUCACAUGGAGCGCUCUGGAUUUGAGGGACCCUGGACUAGCAACCCCCUCAUUUUUUAUAACUCCUAUUUCAAGCAAGUCUAAUUUCAUCUCCAUUGAUAAUCGGGAACUCUUGAGUGGAGAAAAAGAAGGCCUCAUUCAGCUGCCGUCAGACAAGGCUCUUCUGCAAGAUCCAGUCUUCCGUCCUCUAGUUGAAAAAUAUGCUGCCGAUGAGGAUGCGUUCUUUGAAGAUUAUGAAGAAGCUCAUUUGAAGCUCUCAGAACUUGGAUUCGCUGAUGCUGAAUGAGGAGGCUGAAUCUGCAGGCUCAGUGCAGCAUGUGUUUUGUGAUUAAUGAUUGAAACAGCUAGUUUAUCUCCAGGGCUAUUACAAUUACUUAUUUAUCAGAUGCUUUGCUGUUGCCUUAUAAUUGAUGAAUGCGUGUGCAAUCAUAUUUGUGUGGUUUCUUUGUGUUGAAGCUGCCUUGGAUGUAAGGAAUGGCUUAGUACAUAGUUUGUUUCUGUUGGGAUUCCAUUCGUU